GAUACUCCGCCUGAGUGACGCGUUCUGUGCGCCGGAAGUGGGGAGCCCGCGCUGGCCAGGGACGCUGCAGGGUGGUGAGCCAUGGGCCGGCUAGAGCUGCUGUGGCUGCUGCGAGGCCAGGGUUGGCGUUGCUGCUCCCGCCGCCCCCUCCCGCCGUCCUUGGCCAAGGGAAGCGCCGCGCCGGCAGGGAGACCGCGCUGCGCGGGGAUCCUGGCGCCGAGACCGCUGCGCCCGCCCUGGGCCUCCCCUGCGCCGUCGCCUGGCCUGAGUUGGGCCUCCGUCCGCGCCUGCAGCACGCGGGCUGCGCAGAGCGACAAGAAAGAGGAGGAGGAGACGCCGCCGCUGCACACCCUCGUCAGCCACCCCGAGAGUGUCCCAGGAUCGGUUUCCAGGCAUGAGUUCCAGGCUGAAACCAAGAAGCUGCUGGACAUUGUGGCCCGGUCUCUCUACUCAGAGAAGGAGGUGUUUAUCCGGGAGUUGAUCUCCAACAGCAGCGAUGCUCUGGAAAAGCUGCGCCAUAAGCUGAUGUCUGAAGGGAUAGUUCUGCCAGAUCUGGAAAUCCACCUGGAGACAAACUCCCAGAAGGGAACUAUCACCAUCCAGGAUACGGGUGUCGGAAUGACCCAAGAGGAGCUUCUUUCUAACCUUGGUACAAUUGCUCGGUCUGGUUCCAAGGCCUUCCUGGAAAAACUGCAGAAUGAGGCAGAGGCCAGCAGCAAGAUCAUUGGCCAGUUUGGAGUGGGCUUCUACUCCGCUUUCAUGGUGGCUGAUCAGGUGGAAGUGUUCUCUCUGUCAGCGGAGCCAGGCAGUUCGGGCUAUUGUUGGCGUUCUGAUGGUUCAGGGACGUUUGAGGUUUCAAAAGCCUCCGGAGUCCGAAAUGGGACCAAAAUAAUUCUCCAUCUCAAGGAGGACUGUAAGGAGUUUGCCAAUGAGGAGCGAGUCAAAGAGGUCAUCACGAAAUACAGCAACUUCAUCAGCUUUCCCCUCUACCUCAACGGGCGGCGUAUCAACACUUUGCAGGCCCUCUGGAUGAUGGAGCCCAAGGACAUCGGGGAGUGGCAGCACAAGGAGUUCUACCGCUUCAUCGCCCAGGCCUUUGAUGAGCCUCGCUACGUCCUCCAUUACAAGACAGACGCCCCCCUCAACAUCCGCAGCAUCUUCUACGUGCCGGAGGCUAAGCCCUCUAUGUUUGACGUCAGCCGCGAGCUGGGCUCCAGCGUGGCUCUGUACAGCCGCAAGGUCCUCAUCCUGACCAAAGCCGCGGACCUCUUGCCCAAGUGGCUGCGCUUCCUGAAAGGAGUGGUGGACAGCGAGGAUGUCCCCCUGAACCUCAGCCGGGAGCUGCUUCAGGAGAACAUCCUCAUCAGGAAGCUGAGGGAUGUCUUGCAGCAGAGACUGAUCAAGUUCUUCAUCGACCAGAGCAAGAAGGACCCCCAGAAGUACGCCAAGUUCUUUGAAGACUACGGAAUGUUCAUGCGUGAGGGGAUCGUCACGACGGCUGAGCAGGAUGUCAAGGAGGACAUUUCUAAGCUGCUGCGCUACGAGUCCUCGGCGCUGCCUGCGGGCCAGCUGACCAGCCUCACGGAAUACGCCAGCCGCAUGCCGGCCGGCAGCAGGAACAUCUAUUACCUGUGUGCUCCCAAUCGCCACCUUGCCGAGCACUCCCCGUACUUCGAAGCCAUGAAGAAGAAGGACGCGGAGGUGCUCUUCUGCUUCGAGCAGUUUGAUGAGCUGACGCUUUUACACCUCCGGGAGUUUGAAAAGAAGAAGCUGAUCUCGGUAGAGACGGACAUUGUUGUUGACCACUAUAAGGAGGAGAAGUUUGAGGAGAACCGCCCAGCUGAAGAGUGCCUGAGCUCCCAGGACGCAGAGGAGCUCCUGGCUUGGAUGAGGAAUGCCCUCGGCUCCCGGGUUGCGACUAUCAAGGUCACUCCCCGCCUGGACACACACCCGGCCAUGAUCACUGUGCUGGAGAUGGGGGCCGCCCGCCACUUCCUGCGCAUGCAGCAGCUGGCCAAGACCAGUGAAGAGCGGGCCCAGAUCCUACAACCCACGCUGGAGAUCAAUACAGGGCAUGCUCUGAUCAAGAAGCUCCAUCAGCUGCGCUCCAGCCAGCCAGAACUGGCCCAGAUGCUCCUCGAUCAGAUCUACGACAAUGCCAUGAUCGCAGCGGGGCUGAUUGAUGACCCCAGGCCAAUUGUGAACCGGCUGACUGAGCUCCUCACCAAAGCCCUGGAGAAAUGCUGAGAGCCAGGCCUGCUGCGUGUCACUUUGGUAGCUUCCUGGCGCUGCUGGGAUGGAGCUGCCUGGUUGGCUUAUCCAGCCUGGUCUGCCUCUUGCUCUCUUGGAAGCAGCAGCCGUGGCAGAUGGGCAGAAGCGAAGCCCAGUGGAACUCUUGGGUGAGGCACCAGGUUUCUGGCUGGCUGUUGGGGCAGGGGAGGGCAGCCCAGAAUCCUUUGCAGGUGUUCCGUGUGGUUCUGGACCUGAGCAACCCUCUUGGGUUCAUACAUAAAAGUCCUUUAUUUCAGUCCUGA